AUGAAGUACUCGAGAAACCCAUCGGGCAGAAGCAAUGAAACGAAAUUUGGUGAAAUGACUUCCAGCAGCUUCGAACACGUUAAUGUCAUGGGAAUGUAUGAAAAUCGUUUUUCUGACAAUGAUCUGAGAGUCAAUGAUGACGAUUAUGUUCAAAGUUUGCGUUUGGCAGCUGCAAGAAUGCGACCACUUCCGGCACCGCCAUCAAUAAAUAAUCAACAACUUCAGCGAAAUAAUAGCUGA